AUGGGAAGAUACAGUGUGAAAAGAUACAAAACAAAGAGAAGAACUAGAGACCUUGAUCUCGUUUAUAAUGAUCUCGCCACCAAGGAGUCUGUGCGUGCAUUGAAAAAUCAGGCAUUGGAUGAGACCAAACCAGGGUUGGGCCAGUAUUACUGUGUGGAAUGUGCCAAAUACUUUGAGAAUCAAAUCAGUUUGGAUCGUCAUACUAAGGGAAAAGUUCAUAAGAGAAGAGUCAAGGACCUCAGGCAGAGACCGUAUACCCCACUAGAAAGCGAGGCAUGUGCUGGCUACAAUGUCCAGAAGUUUUUGGAUGACGUGGAGAAGUACAAGAAGGUGGAGGAGUAUAAGAGCGAGAACAAAGAAGAGUUGGAUGCCAUCAAGAGCGAGAAGAAGGAUACUUUGGAUGCGAUCAUUACUGGAAUUCCAUCUGGCGAGCUUGGCCAAGACGAAGGUCAAGAGAAGCCGGUUGAGAAGUCACUUCAGGCCAACGAGGUUGAGAUGACUGAUUAG